GUAGGAAGUGAAAGACGCAACAACAAAGUCAGCUUUCAAGAGUAUCAUACUACAAAUAUAACCUUGGUGUCGUGACGGCGUCCGAGGGGAAUCCCAAACUUUCCCACAAGAUAGAAACUCCGAAGCUGCUUCAACCCGAGCAGAAAAGCAGAGGACAGGAGUGAAGCAGGAGUGAAACCUUGACUUUUGGAAGUGUGUUUUCUACACGACGCACUUGCUUCCUGUUGGAUCUCGGGUUGCCAGGUCCGGGGGAAACAUGUAAAAGCGGUGCGGGGGAAACAGCAGCAGUAACCGGGGCUCCGUCCCGCAUGAUCCCGCCGGAGCCAUGUCCCUGAGCUCAGGAGGCUGGAGCCGCAGCCCGGACCCGUCCACGGUGCUGCCCUCGGGCCCCGACCCCCAGGGCGGCCGGACCGUGCUCAUGUCGGUGCGGGUGUCGCUGUGCCACUCCGGGAUCCGGCCGCUGGUCCUCCCCGGGGCCGGGGCGGGGGACGGCGCUCUGCGGCUGCAGCUCAGCAUGGACCCGGCCAGGAGCGGGGAGUUCCGGCUGGGGCUCCAGCAGAGCGGCACCGGCACCGGCACCGGCCGCACCGUGACCAUCGCUGAGUACGAUUUGAGGGCCAUAAAUUAUGAGGUGAAGUCGUCAAUGUGCCAUGAGCUUAUUUCGGUAGCGCCUCCGCAUGACCGCAUAAGCUUCAACUUUCGUUGCGAGCAGGAGGCCCAAGAGUGGGCCACUGUUGUGAUGUCAUCACUGAGAGAAGCCAGGAGAGUCAUCCCUCAAGAAAAUGGUCUACAGCCUCUCACAGACGCCCUCCCUCUUCAGAACAACUCAAUUUUGCAACGUACAGAGGACGCUUGCAUUGAGCUGACCAGAGCCAUAGAGUCGGGCGACAUGCAGGCUGCUUCUGUUUUUGCUGCCACACUCGCUCGUCAGCACGUAGCACUAAAGAUCCAGCCCUCUUCCAAAGACUAUGAAGACACUGAAAUCAAUUUGGCUGUUGUGGUGGAGGACUCUUCCUCAUCCUGUUGUGUCACUGUGAAAGUUUUCCCGCACAUGACUACUGCAUCGUUGAAACAGCAGAUGUUUCUCGAAUAUGGCUUCCACCCACGGGUGCAGCGCUGGGUUAUUGGCCAGUGCUUGUGCACCGACCAGCGAACUCUUGCCUCAUACGGUGUCCGCCAGGAUGACGACACAGCCUUCUUGUACCUCUUGUCAGCCCGGCACGCCCGUUUGACCGCGCAGGUCCUCCAGCAGGAUCAGGAGAGCGCCCUCCUCCUCAGUCCCCCCGUGUCUUUUGAAAACUCUCAACUCCCCGUUACCUCCCCAAACGGCCCCUCGUCUCAGGAGAGGAGGCCGUACACUACCCUUCCUCCACGACUCCACAGCGGCAGCAGCAGUGUUGGUGUGUCAGAGCAACAAAAUAUUGGGGAGAUCAGAGAUCUCAUCAACCUUGAAAUGCCUCAACUCAGUGAAGCUCUCAGACCCAACACUUCUUCCACACAGGGCUGGUCGUGUCCGUCUUGCACUUACAUCAAUAAACCAACGCGGCCGGGCUGUGAGAUCUGCAGCACAAACCGCCCCGAGAACUACGUCGUCCCGGGAGGAUACCAACCUGAUGCCCUCGAGCUCAGACGAAUUCAGCAGGAAAAGGAAGCGAUUAGACAAUAUCAGCAGGUAAAAGAGGAGGAGCGGCGGGAAAAUUACGCCCGGCUGAUGAUGUUGGACGGUCAGGACCUGGUGCCCAACCCCGACCCGGUGGACUGUAGGAUUUGUUACAUGGACCUGCCGUCGGGAGGAGGAGUCCUGCUGAGAGAGUGUCUCCACUGUUUCUGCAAAGAGUGCUUACACUCAGUCAUCAUGCUAAGCGAGGAACCCGAGGUGUCCUGCCCCUACAGAGAUGACACGUACUCCUGUGCCGGCGCUCUGCAGGAGAGGGAGAUCAGAGCUCUCGUGUCAUCAGAGGAGUACGAGCGCUGGCUGCAGAGAGGCCUCUCGGUGGCGGAGUCUCGCUGCGAAGGCAGUUACCAUUGUGCAACUCCAGAUUGUCUGGGGUGGUGUGUGUAUGAAGAUACCGUCAAUGUCUUCCACUGCCCUGUCUGCAGGAAACACAACUGUCUCAUUUGCAAGUCUAUCCAUGAGGGAAUGAACUGUAAACAGUACCAGGAUGAUCUUGCCGCCCGGGCUAUAAAUGACUCUGCCGCCAGGAGGACAACAAAUCUACUGAAGACUCUUGUGCAGUCAGGGGAGGCCAUGCACUGUCCUCAGUGUGGCAUCAUUGUGCAGAAGAGAGAUGGCUGUGAUUGGCUGCGCUGCACUGUCUGUCACACAGAGAUCUGUUGGGUAACCAGAGGGCCUCGCUGGGGACCCGGGGGUCCUGGAGACACUAGUGGAGGAUGCCGAUGCAACGUCAACAACCAGAAGUGUCAUCCUAAAUGCCAAAACUGCCACUGAAUUUCAAGACUCGCUCGAAAUAUUACAGAGAAUAUGGGUCUAAACUGGAAAUAAGCUACUCUGUUAAGAAAUGGGAAAGAAGAGUUGAGGUUGUUACAUUUCUAAUCAUCGUUUGCUCCCUUCGGCUUUCCUCUACCAGGAAACGGGGUUUAAGUCUUAACAGAUUCAGCAUUGAGUCCACAAUAAUGACGAUCAGAGUGGGAUUCUGGAAGAGUAUUAACUUCGAGUAUGUGUCGUGCCUUUUUAUUUUAAAACGUUUCCACUACAGAUGUAGCUAUACAGAUGUGUUCAUUAUGGUUUUAGCUGCUACAUACCUGAACUCGUAGCAUAAAACUGAAGUGGCCUUAUUCUUGUGCACAAAAGCUGUCGCAGGGUGUGACUGAUUAAGUUGUCUGGAAAAUGUGAUACUUAAUGUGUUUUUGAUAUGGAUUUUAUUUUUAAGAGGAACAGAUUAAUUCAGUGAGUGGAAUAAUAUAUUAGCAUCUUUUUUGUCUGUGUGGUAGUCUGACUUCCUGUGUGCCCCUUCACCAAAGAGCAUUGGACGUGUUUUUUAUUGCCCGUUUUACUCUGAUCUAGUUCCAACACCUACUGGUACUUUGUUUUUAUUCUGUUUAUCACUCACAUCUAUUUAUACAGCACUGCUGACCAGUAAAUACCUAUUACGUGUUCAAUAAUAGUUUAUAUUUUCCCUUUGAGGUGAUAUAUGUCACCAUAGUUUGUUAUGAAGCUUGUAUUUCUUAAAUUAACUUAAUCGUGUCAGGUAUUUGCUGUGAUAUUACUCACGCAACUUUUUUCUCCCUAUUAGUCUUAUGCAUGAAUGCACUGUUUGCUCACCAGAAGAAGCAUAAACUUAACUCUUCAACUAUGUUGCUGCCUCAAACUGACAAGCCAUGAACAGGCUCUCACUGUUACUCCUGUUUAAACACCAGCACAGUGUUGUUGGUGAACCUUUGUGCCUUAAUUCUGAAUAAAGAGCCACAGAGUGUGCAUAUGUGUGUAUUGAUUUAGAGCUAACGGUGUUAGAGCAGCAUGCUCUCCCUAGCCCAGCACCGUGAAAGCACUUUAACACGCAGCACAGAUCCAUAUUAAAGUCUUGAAUCCAAAA